UUCAUUAAUAAAAUUAAUCACCAUUUAAAUUUUAAACAGAAGCAAUUUGUUACAGCCGGUUAUUUUUUCCUUACUUAAUUCUAUUUAAAUCUUGUGUAAAAAACCGUAAACAAUCGAUUACAAUUUCAACGUUUUUAAAUCGCGAAAAAACCCGCCACCCAAAUUUUUUUCUUGAGUCACCCGACAAUUUCUUAACUGUUUAAAAACCGAUUUAAAAAAAACCGAAAAUGUCUUAACAAACUAAUUUAAAUCGUUUAAUUAAUUUAAAACUUGCGUUAGAAAGUGGCUGAGCCACUCAAGGUUAAUUUAAAAGGUAAACGAAGGCUUCAAAACCGAGAUUAUUAUAAAACCGACGAGUCUUUGUCACUUUAGAAUCAGUUCCAUUUAAAUUUUCAAAGAUUCAACUCGACCGAUAAAAAAUGAGUCAAGAAAAAAUUUUCGAAUACUUCAAAGUGGCAGUUGAGCUCGUUAAAGAAGCGGGAAAGAUUGUAAAAGAAGCAAAAAAUUUUGAAGUCGAGAGGAAAGAAGAAGUUUGGGAUUUGGUUACCGUUUAUGAUAAAAAAGUGGAAGAUAUUUUGAUUGAAAAAUUAAAGGGAAAAUAUCCAGACCACGAUUUUAUUGGUGAAGAAGAAACCUACGAUAAAGGUCAUUUGGCCGAAUUAACCGAUAAACCAACAUGGAUCAUCGAUCCCAUAGACGGGACAGCAAAUUUUGUUCGAAAAUUGCCGAUGAGUUGUAUCUCGGUCGGAUUAACCAUUCAAAAAGACCUCGUUUUGGGAAUUGUUUUGAAUCCGUUUUUAGAUCAACUAUUUACCGCGAUUAAAGGAAAUGGGGCUUAUUUGAAUGAGAAACGAAUUUUUACGCGCAAAGUAAACAGAAUCGAACAAACCAACUAUAAUUACGAAUUGAGUUUGGCAAGAGCUGAAAAAUAUCGAGAUUUAUAUCUUUAUAGACUUUCGAAGAUCAUAGCGAAAGCUGAAGGGAUAAGAUCACUUGGUUCGGCAGCUUUAGGGCUUUGUUAUGUGGCUUGUGGUCAAACAGACGUCUAUCAAUGCGAUGGAUUAUCACCAUGGGACGCUGCUGCAGGAGUUGUAAUUGUUAGAGAAGCGGGAGGAUUCGUUUGCGAUACCAGCGAACAACGUCUUGGUUUGGAAUUUGAUGUAAUGAAACCAAAUUUUAUGGCAGCGCCAAACGAAAACGUUGCUAAGGAGUACCUGAAAUUAUUAAAAGAGGCCGAUGAAGAGCGGAUUUCAAAACAAAAAUAAUUAAUUUUUUUGUUAAUUAUUAAAA